AGUUCAUUGGACAGUUAGACACAUUUCUUGCAGCGGACCAACAGUGUGCUCAAGGUUUUCUCUGUUCUGGAAGGAGGAAACGCUGUGGCACCAUGGGUGUGUUAUCCACUCUGAUGAGGGGUCUGGUGAGAGGAGCGGACCGGAUGUCUGAGUUCACCAGCAAGCGUGGAUCAAGGACUCAUAAUAAAGGCAGGGGUGCAAGGCCCACCGGACUGAGGCUCGCAAGCAGAAAGUUUGUGUCCUUAAGGGCCAUGAUUCCUGAGUUUGUGGUGCCUCACCUGGAGGGAUUCAAACUCAAACCCUACGUCUCCUAUCGCUCUCCUAGAGGAACAGAGCCUCCACUCACAGCACAGAGUUUGUUUGAGGAGCUGGUGGCCCCUCAGAUCAAGAAGGACAUUGAAGACGGCACUUUCAGCAAAGAACAGCUGGAGAAGUAUGGAUAUGAACCCACACAGGCAGGGAAGCUCUUCAAACUGUAUCCCAAGAACUAUGUGCGUUAAAGACACACUCACGGUGUAGUGUAUUUACAGGGAAAGAUACAGACUGCUGAUUAAUUGGAGGCUGAAAGCUACAGACCAACUGACAUGACGCACUGAGGAGAAUCAUCACACACAGGAUUGUAUUUUAUGUUUAGAAAAUCAAUUUUCUACAAGUGGCUGACUUUUCUGUUACCUAGUGAUCAGACAAAAUAUACCUGAAGGUCCAUGAUCCAUGUGGCAGGAUUGUUCAUUGAUUAUUGUAAACAUUAGUCGGACAGUUUGAGCUGAUCAUCAUUUACAUGUCAAAACUAUUACUAAACCAGGAGUUCCCAUGUGGGUUAACAAUAAAUUAUGACACAGAGAUGAAUGUUCUGAGGCUGAUAGUCCUUUUUUUUUUUUUUUUUUUUGCUUUUUUUGUGUUCAAGUAAAGAUAUUAA